UGCCGCAUCCAGAUUUCAGUCUAUAACAGAGCGUCCAAAGAGCUACUCCUCCCCGGGCUUGCUUUAUUUGAACGAACUUUUUGGAGGCAGAAAAAAAGAGUAGAAGUUGGAAAUUCUGCUGUUUUGGCGGUCAGUUGCGCGGUCAGUUUACGCCCAGCAGAAACAGAGCAGCGUUAAGCACCAUGGAGAGCGGCGUGAUGCACAUCUUUAAAGAGGAUCGGUGUCCUUCGGGCCAGCCGGGGGAGUGCAUCCCAAACUUCACCUGGCAGCCUGGCUUGUCGGACAUCUUCAACUAUACUCCCAACGGUACCUGGGACAAUGAACCCGAACCGAUGUCGCCAAUCAUCCCAAUCAUAGUCGCCGUGUACUCGGUGGUGUUUGUAGUUGGCUUGGUGGGCAAUUGUUUGGUGAUGUAUGUCAUCAUUAGGUACACCAAAAUGAAAACAGCCACCAACAUCUACAUCUUCAACCUGGCUGUCGCAGACGCUCUGGUCACCACCACCAUGCCCUUCCAGAGCACUGACUACCUUCUCAGCUCCUGGCCGUUUGGAGAAGUGGCAUGCAAAGUCUUCAUCUCCAUCGAUUACUACAACAUGUUCACAAGCAUUUUUACCCUGACCAUGAUGAGCGUGGACCGUUACGUGGCCGUGUGCCACCCUGUUAAGGCCCUGGAUUUCCGCACACCUGUCAAAGCAAAGAUCAUCAAUGUGAUCAUCUGGAUGCUGUCGUCUGCUGCUGGGAUCCCUGCCAUGGUCCUCGGCAGCACUAAUACCAAUAAUGGGACCACAGAGUGUGCUUUACAAUUUCCUGAACCUUACACCUACUGGGACACCCUGAUGAAGAUCUGCGUCUUCAUCUUUGCCUUUGUGGCACCACUCAUCAUCAUAACCGUCUGCUACACACUGAUGGUGCUGCGGCUGAAGAGUGUGCGCCUUCUGUCAGGCUCACGCGAGAAGGACCGCAAUCUGCGUCGGAUCACCCGCCUGGUGCUUGUGGUUGUCGCAGUCUUUGUGGUCUGCUGGACACCGAUCCACAUCUUCAUCUUGAUCAAAGCGCUUUCAACCAAUGUGCCUGAGACCACCGCUGUCAUGGCUGCCUACUUCUUCUGUGUGGCGCUGGGCUACACCAAUAGCAGCCUCAACCCCAUUCUCUAUGCGUUCUUGGAUGAGAACUUCAAGAGGUGCUUCAGGGACUUUUGCUGCCCUGGAGUACAGGGUCACAGUGACUGUCAGGGAGUGAGCAGAGUUAGAAGCACCCUGAGGGAUCACACGUACCCCACUGAAGCUCGGGGCGACACGAAGCAGGCCAGGUCCGUAUGACUAGCCAUGGACAUGUCCUCUAUGCUUUAUCAAAGCUGGGAGGACUCAAAUGAUCUGUGUUUGACUCAAAUCACCACUGCCAUCUGAGCAAGAGUUGGUAUUCUCAAUAAGUUCUACGAAAACAUCAAAACCAAGAAGUGAUCUGACCAAAUUCCCCACAUACUAUUAAUCCCCCACCAGAAAUAGUGUCAGUUUAUUUUGUUUUUAGUAAUAAUUAAUGAAAAUGUCUGUGCCUUGAAACUAUAUAUACAGACAUAUGUAUGGCACAAGUGAUUUUGAUUCCAUUGUGUAAUAUUUAGGGAGUUCUAUAAACAGAAAUGUAUUCAGUACCUUGUUUCUUUAAUGUGAAUCUUAUGAGAAUAUGAGCCAUUGUGUUAUAGUGUUCUUACUGUGACUGUUUAUCACCUAAAGCUGGCAUGGAUCCACUUUCGUUCUUUCGUCAUAUUUCUACAAUAGUUCUAAACUGACAAAUCAAACUCUGGCUCAAGAAAGAGCCUCUGAGUCUUUAAUGGACACUA